UUGAACGCCCCGAGAGAUACUACUGUAUUUGGACACCACUUUUGAGCGAACAACAUAUCUGACCCGACGCCAUGACCCUGAUUGUUCUCGGAAAGAGGCUACACCACACGUGUUUGCUGUGGCCGACAAUCAGAUAUAAGUGCAUGCAGACCAGCUGAGCAUCUUCUCCAACAUUCACUCCGUCCUCACAUAUCUGCCCAGAAUUUUGACAAAAGUGCGAAUGUCGAAGAGUUCAGUCGAUCAGUGUCGUAUACUAAAAAUUUUAGCAGGCCACAGGCCGCGACAAACAUGGACUCCAAGUUAGAUGUUUUGCAAUACGUGGAACGCGACAUCGACCGCGAUGCCGACGAGGAAUUCAAUAAAUCGAUGGCGCGCGACAUAAUAAGGAAUGAACGACGUUAUGGAGCCAAGUAUUUGGAGAGACCUUAUGACCUUCUGAGUCAGAUUGUCUCGCGCGACAGAGGUUUAAACGAGGCCUACGAAGAUUUCGAGACAGCCGAGAGUCUACUCAAUGAGCAUCCCACCCUAGUGCCGUUACUUACAGAAACAUACGAGACGAAGAGCUUCGCUAAGGUGCGAUCUCUCGCCAUACUUCAACCAAAGCCUCGAGAUGUCGAGGAACUUUGGAGGUCAUCGAAUGUUUUGAGGGUUCCCUACGAGUAUGGUAUCAUAACGCCCGAGCAACACGCCUCACUCGAUGAAGAGGUACGUGCGAUGAACAUAGCGUCUUGUCCUGCGGGGUUCUUGUACAACAUCAUCCUCACGGCACGGCGUCGUGGGCUAAACUUGAAGCCGACGGACUGGAAUCAGGCUCAAGCCUAUCUGUUGUCGCAUCCCGAACUUGAAACGAUUAUAAUGGAGCUGAGGAAAGCUCCAAAAUCGUCGCAGUCCUUCGCGUCCCUGAGACUCAUAUAUGACUUUUGGAUCCCGGAGAAGCUGAAUGAGCGAAAUUUAUGUCUUUGGUUUAUGAGGAAAUUUGCAAAUGGAGCUAUGUAGUCUAAAUUCUGGUAGCGGGAGUGCAGUUAACGUUUGUAUGCCACCUUGUACGAAGAGAGGGGCAUUCCAGUUUUCCCUAUAGAAUGCACUGAAGAGCAAUCAAAUAUCAUGACGGUCAUGCACCAUACAGCCAUUCAUGCAUGAACACCUCACAGCCGAUGAGGCCAUCGAUGAGGUCUUGAAUUCUUCGAAAUGCUAUCAAGCCUCCACCAUUCGCCCUCCAAACGACAGAUAGCAAGCUAAAGGUUUACCACCGAUGCCAUUCUCUCAGUCCCAUCCUCGUUGUUCCUCAUAUGUCGAAAGCCCGGGUGACGUGAUCUUUGUGUGUAGUGUUUCGAAGACCAAUGCAUCCACCGCGGUUCAUUUCAUUCAUUCUCGCAACAUCGUUGAACUCUCUGUUGAAUAGGGUUUUCAACAGUCAGAGGGAACAUUUUUACGGAAUGUUCAGGGCGUAGGCUGAAUACAUCGAUAGUACUACUCAAAUGCUUGCGGGAAUAUAUCCAUAACACACUCUUCACAGUACCGUGUAAAUUUAUUUCAAGUUAUUAAUGCAUAACAAUGUGAACCGUAGGGCAUAGCCAGUACAUCACAGUGUAAAUUCCAACAAUGAACGGCCAUCAACUCCAACAGUAUCUAGCCAUGCAGGUUGCACAAAUUCCCGACCUCUCAGCUUUCGCUUUCAAUCUCAUCCUGUCUGUAACAGCACACGCGAGACAAAUGGGCCACUCCGGAUCUUUUUCUACUUCGCCAUGCACGUUGGUAAUAGGUAUCCCUUGUGUUGCGAUAUCGAAAGACUGGUCAAAAAUGGCUCGUGCUUGGUCAGGAGGGAAGACGGUCUCAAUUCCUGAGAGAUUCGUGACCGGUGGUUGACCAAGGGGUGGGGCGCCAUUUGCCGAAUAGAUGAUCACAGGCGCAUCGGAAGUGGUCGUGUCGCAACCAAAGAAGGUGGCGUGCUUGGUGAGGCCCUCAGACUUAAACGUUUCAACUGAGGUCGGGACUCGUGGGAAGGAAUACGCUGAGGAGAAGAGGGAUGCGCGUUGUUGAGAAGCCUGUGCAGUUGAAAGUAUAAGCCAGUGUACAUAAUAAUAGAACCUGAAACGUACGAUGACCGACAGACC